AUGCAACUCCAUCAACUCGCAAUUCUUCCUCUGAAAGGUCAUCAUCUCGAUCAAGUCUUCAACAACCAAUCCACAAGCACAAGCUACUCACAUCCAACACCCGACACCACCAUCACCAUGUCUAUCAUCGUCACUCUGAUCCUGGCACAGCUCUGCCUUAUUUACGUCUCCGCUAUGGCCAUACCUCCUACGAAUGCAGCCACGAUCCCCAUCUGGGACAUCGAGCGAGCCACCAGCUUCAAUGCCCUCCUUGCAGCAUCUGUCAAGAACACCCGCUACGCACCCGACAUGCAGUCCGCAUCCCACGGUUCCGAGGCCGCAUCAUCUCAGUCAGCCAACGUCACCAAGCGAAGAAAGACAGCUCGCCAAGCCAAGCACCUCCCUUCUAUCAAGAAUAUGCCGAAUGGUGGCAUGCAGUGCGCGGUCAUGUGA